AUGACCUACUUCAAAAUGAAACCAAAGCUCAAGGUCUUCCUCAUUUUUGCUGACAAACCAAGCCUCACUUCAAUGUUGUGUCUAUUUCUCAUGGUCAAAGAAAACACAUCAGAUUGGACUGCAGAGUUGAGGAUGAUGGCUGAGGGGCGUUUUGCCAGUCUGCCCAGGUCCCUGCAUGCUCAUCACACCCUGGGAGGAGGUGUGGCUCACCCUGGAGUCCCGAGCACCUCCAUUGGAACCCCUAACACUGGCUCUUGCUCCUCCAGGAGGCUCCAGGCCUCGCUCGCGAGCUCCAUGGACCUUCUCAGCUCCAGACCCGGUCUCCCCACAGGGCACGGUAGCAGCUCAUCAGAAAUUCCGGCUGCAUCCUACCAGCCAAUCUCAAUUCAUGGUACUCUGCCUCGACGCAAGAGGGGGGGGGCAAACCUCAACCAAAGGAACUACACUUGGGACCCUAAAGCCAAUCACACACAGCCGUCACUUUGUGGAAACACACUACUGCCAUCUGGGCACAUCAAUCAACCCACGACAUCCCCGCUGGUCCACAGUGUCCUUGAUGAGUUCCACGGUUACAGUCUGAAAACUGGCAACAUCUGCAGGACAACCUACAGUAUACUCAUAGAUCUCAUCUUCAAAGUGGAGGGCGAGAGUUUGGAGUUGAAUGGGGAUAGCUGGAAGACCACCAGGAGAGGCGGUGGAGGCCGAGGCAAGGGAGGACAGCAGAAAGACAGAGUGGAGAGCAGAGGGGGACCCUGCAGCCGCCCUGGAUGCAGCUGUCGACUAUGUCAAGAAAGGUUGAAAAGAAUGUCAGAGCGAUGCAACCUGAAGACCAUGACAGCAGCUCUGUGUUGCUUUUAUCACAACAACUCUGUCAUCAGCGGAAAGUUCUCCAGAGAUCAGUUCAUCCUGGACUGCUCUUCAGAGAAACUUCGCAGAGAGCUGGAAGAAGAGCUGAAGAUGAACUGCGAAGAGCCCAGAAGCCACGCAUGGUACCACGGAGCUAUUCCCAGACAGGUUGCAGAAAACCUAGUGCAGCGUGAUGGAGAUUUCCUAAUACGUGAUUCCCUUUCCAGCCCUGGAAGUUUUGUCCUGACGUGCCAAUGGCGAAACACUGCUCAGCACUUUAAAAUAUACAAGAAGGUGGUGAUGCUGAAUGAGGCUUACUCCAGGGUUGAGUACAGGCUGGAAAGGGAAGGAUUCGACAGCAUCCCUGCCCUCAUUCGAUAUUAUGUUGGCAACAGAAAACCUGUCUCACAGGUGGCCGGGGCCAUCAUCUUCCAGCCCAUCAACAGGGCGCUGCCGCUGCGCUGUUUGGAGGAAAAGUACAGACUGUCCAGCAGCCCCAGAGAGGCAGAGCUCAUGGCCCAGGAGAGCCGCAGCCAGAAGCGUCUCAGCCUCAACAUUACCAACGGACACACUCAUGACAGCUCACACACUGUGCACGACGGUACACACUGCCAGGAGAAUGGUACCAUCCAAAGCUGCCAGCUAAGGUUGAAGGAUCGAUGCGGUAGUCAACCAGCAAGUCUUAAUCAGGUCCAGGAGCGACGACGGCCACUGAAGGCGCACCAAUCAGAGAGCUUCCUGCCUCUCGGAUCCAAACCACAACCCCAGCAGUUAGCUGACCCACUCCUCGCGAGCCCAAAACCCAAGUCUCCAGUAUUUCGGACAGGCAGUGAACCGGUGCUGAGUCCCACUGUCCCACGCAAGUCAGAACCUCUCGCAGGCCAGGCAAUCCGGGGCUCUGACAGCCAGCUCUGUCCAAAACCACCUCCUAAACCCAGUAAAGUGCCACUGGCUCGACUGCCUCGCUCCCCGGCUCUUCAGCCCCUGGUGCCUCCCUCCAUCUCCUCCAGCUCCGCCAGCCUGGCUCCGUCUCCUCUGAGCUCCUCAACUACAAAAGGUCCCCCUGUUCCUCCGGUGAAGCCCCAGAAGUUCCAACGGCCGUACAUCCCUGCAGAUUUUCACACCUCACCCGCUUCCAUGGUUUCACCCGCUGAAGCUGUUCCGCAUCCUGAUCUAGAGGUGACGACGGGUCAGACCGAGCAGCCCCUGAUGAGUCCUGUGGAUCCGAGGUCCAGCAGCGGCUGGGAGCGACCGAGCUCACAGAGCUCCACAACUGACCACAACCCCGAGCUUUUCCCAACACCUUGCAGCUAUGUGGAGAGGCUGAAGAGCGAAGGAGAGAGAGGGUGGGACGGGAAGGAGAAAGAUGGAGACCACAGGGGACUGGACAGAAGCUCCUACCACCACGCCAUCGCGGCUCUGGAAAACACCAGCGAUGAGGAGGACAGCGGAGGGAGGGAGGAGGAGGAGCAGGAGGGAAAGAGAGAAAAACUGUGGCACGCCUUUCAGCGGCCGGUUGUAGAGACGGAAUCGAUGUUCAGGCCGGCAGAGUUUGGAUCCCGACUCCUGCCGCCAGAAAACAAACCGCUGGAGAUGGUUGUUCUGAAGAGAGCGAAGGAGCUGCUGCUCAGCCACGAUCACCGGAGCAUAGCCAGACACCUGCUGAUGGCCGACUGCCAGGUUGCGAGGAUCCUCGGAGUGAGUCCAGAACUGAAAGGUCAGAUGGGCGUUCCCUCUGGUCUGGAGCUGGUGACCCUGCCGCACGGCCGGCAGCUCAGGCUGGACCUGAUGGAAAGGCACCACACUAUGGCGAUAGGCGUUGCCGUGGAUAUUCUGGGAUGCACAGGUAGCGUGGAGGAGCGGGCGUCCACCCUCAAUCGCAUUAUCCUUGUGGCCAUGGAGCUGAAGGACACUGUGGGUGACCUGUAUGCUUUCACAGCUCUGAUGAAAGCUCUAGACCUGCCACAGAUCAGCCGCUUGGAAGAAACGUGGACGGCCCUACGAAGGAGCUUCACACAAACUGCCAUCAACUACGAGAAAAUACUCAAACCUUUUUACAAGAACCUGUAUGAGGGCACAGCUUCCUCUCCCUCGGUGGUCUGCGUGCCUCUUCUGCUGCCCCUCCUGACCCUGAUGGAGCGCUCCUCAGUUACAGCUGAGGGGGCGGAGCUCUGGGAGACCUGUGACCAGGGCUGUGACAUCAUGCUGCGCCACCUGGAGGCUGCGCGCGACGUUGCUCACAACACACACAGCUACACGGCCCACGCACAGAAGGCCCUGCAUGGGUUUCAGUGUGAUGAAGAACUGCUCGAGGUGUUUAAGACGGACUUCCAAUUGCGGCUGCUGUGGGGAAGCCGUGGGGCCACCGUCAACCAAUCGGAUCGAUACAACAAAUUCAACCUCAUCCUCACUGCUUUGUCAAGGAAGCUGGAGCCCCCACCGAAAACACAAACUUUAAUCUGA